AUGGCCGAGUCGAAAAAGAUCAGAUGGAACAACAUCCCACCCACAGCCUCCGCAUCCCUCUGGGCCCGCUACCUCGGACAAUGUUUCCCCGCGCAGGAAGACUACGAGGUGACAGUCACUGACCCGAUUCCCUGCCGGAGUAAGAACGACGUGACCAUCCUACCUUCGCAGCACGACGAGAACCCGACCUUCGUGGAGGCGAUCCGCGUUGCCACCGCCAACGGCGAAGCCAUCCUCAUUCUCUGCCUGGUCAGCCCCAACGUGAAGACCGGAAUCCCGGGCGUGGCUCGCUGCAAGCAAUACAUGGAGAAUCUCUGGCCGCCCGCGACCCCGACCCGCGAACUCCCGUUCUUCGGGGUGGCAAUCGUGGGCAAUGCGCUGUAUCUGUACUGGGAGCCGUCGCCGAGGGCGAGGGACCUGGCGCAGGUGGUCGAGGAAACCUCGGACUGGGAGCUGGGUGGUUGCGAGGGGUUUUUCCAGGCGUCUCUGGAUGACGGUCAUCUGGCGCUGUUUCUCUCGGUGUUCAAGUUCUAUAUCGGGCGCUGGCGGGGCUGGGAAGAGGCGGAUCUGGACGCCGUGAGUGUGGAGGCGGAUAACAACAUCGAGGCGCUGCGGGAUCUGCUGGAUGAACUGCCAUUGACCUUCAGUUCAAAGAAAACGCGAUUUGAGUUGAGUGGCGAAUACUAA